CGCGCGGGGCGGGGGCCGGAGCAUGCGCCCCCUUUGCCCCCGCUCCAUGAGGGCUUGGCGCGCGCUGCGGCGGGCGGCCUCCUCUUCCUCCUCCUCUCCUCCUUCUUCUUCUUCCUUUCCUGCCGACGGGAAGCCUCGCAGGCGGGCAUGGGAGGCUUCGCUGUCGCCUUUGGAGCGGGUGAGGCGGCUGCUGCCGCCCGAGGAAGCGGCGGCGGUGGCGCGGUGCGCGACUCCCCCGGAGGAGGAGGCGGCGGCGGUGGUUGCCUCACGUCCAGCGGUGUUUGAGGCGGCGGGUCCGCGUUCCGGCGCUUUCCGCGCCGGGGAGCUGGCGCUGGCGGAGGUGCGGAGGAAGCACGACGCGACGCUGAAGCUGCUUUGCCGGCUGGCGGCGGAGGCGGUGCUGAGCAGCCCCGGCGGCGUCCUGCCCCACCGCGACAUCAUCGGGCAGCUGCCCGGGCAGGUGCUGCGCACGCCGGACGGGAAGCGGCUGCUGCUGAGGCGGCCCUCGCUGGACGAGUACGUGCUGCUCAUGCCUCGGGGGCCCACCAUCGCCUACCCCAAGGAUAUAAGUGCUCUAUUAAUGAUGAUGGAUAUCCACCCGGGAGACACCGUGUUGGAAACUGGCAGCGGGUCCGGUGCUAUGAGCUUGUUUCUGUCAAGAGCAGUUGGGCCCAAAGGACGUGUUCUAAGUUACGAAAUCAGAGAGGACCAUCAUCGUUUAGCUAAGAAGAAUUACAGGCACUGGCGCUCUGCAUGGGCAAUAGGACACGUGGAUGAGUGGCCAGAUAACGUGGAGUUCAUUCUUAAAGACAUUUCAACAGCAGCUGCAGAUAUGAAAUCUGUAACACUCGAUGCAGUAGUUCUGGAUAUGCUGAACCCUCAGUGUGCUUUGCCUGUUGUACACACAAGCCUGAAACAAGGUGGGGUGUGUGCUGUGUACUUAGCAAACAUCACACAGGUUAUUGACCUUUUAGACAGAAUACGGAUUUGCAAGCUUCCUUUUUUGUGUGAAAGGAUAAUUGAGGUAACUCACAGGAGCUGGUCAGUACUCCCUGCUAAACUCAAGCAUUACAAAUCAAGUCAAAUGGUGGAAACUCAAGAAAAUAUUGAAGAACCACAUGAAAAUGAAUACGAAGAAGUCCAUAUUCAGCAUGAAGCAGUUCUUAAGGAGAGCAAAUACAAUGGUAAGGAUUUUACUGCUGAUGACAUCCCCUAUUGCUGCACUUUGAUAAUCCAGUGUAAGAAGAAGCUGUGGUUUUGCCUAGGUAAGCUGAGAAUAGGCAAGGUUUUGGACAGCCUGGACCUUUGUCAGGUUUAAAGGAUACUAUUAAUUAUUACUUAAAUUAAAAUAUCCUACUAAAAACCUGGGCUAAAUAAAAAAACAAAUUUCAGUCUGCAAUAAAGAAUGACUGCCCUUCUACUACUGUUUCCAAAUUUUUGAUUUUUAAGAAAAUUCAGUUCUUUAUACUCACCCCAAAGCUGCUUUAGAGGACCCUGAUGGACUUAAGGAUUCCUUGGGAGAAACGGUGGCCAGUGAGCUCUGUUUUAAAAUUAUGUUGUUCUGGCAAAUACAAAAAUGCUGCCAUAUAUAUAUAUAAUAUUUAUAUGACAAAUACAAAUAUAUAUACAGUAUAGAUCUGCAAAAUGCAAAGAGUUCUGAAUUUACUGAUAGGUGACAACAAAAAAAACGAAACAUGUCAGGGAAAAAUAUUACAUGUACAUUGUCUACUCUAGUCUGCAUGCAGGUCUUAAAUGUGUGGGAAGAAAACUUUAAAAAGUGUCCUUCUCACAGAAUCACUCAGUGAUGCUGCUGAAACAAACCAC